AUGCUCGGUUUCCUUGAGAGGAUGGGACAUGUCACUCCAAGCGCAACAUACAUUGUGGACGGUCUCGACGAGUGUGAGUCAGUCGAGAGGCGACUGGUACUUAAUACCUUUCGAAACAUGAUGCAACAGCGCGAUUCGCAAAGAGUUUUCAUCUCCGGAAGCGAAGACCUCCACGUCACAAACUUUAUAGGAGACUCUACAACCUUGUGCAUAUCAAACAAGGACAAUGAAGAAGACAUUCGCGAGUUUGUUGAGUGGAAAAUUGAGGCGAAAUUGCGGGAACGACAACUCACAGAAAAUGAGGUAUUAUGGGUGAGCAUGCAAAUAGACGCUCUCUGGGACGAGUGUUCUACGGAUGACGAUAUUCAAACGGCCCUGGAAAAUCUCCCCAGCAGUCUAGAUGAGACUUACGCCCGCUGCCUACAACGAAUAGAUAGGAGGCAAAGUCGCUUUGCCCGGACCAUCUUAUGCUGGGUGGCAGCAACAAUCACGCCGUUUCAAGUCGAUCAGUUAAGAGAGGCACUUGCGAUCAAUCCCAGCACAGGGUGCCUCGACAGAAACAGUAUCCCGCCACGCCAAGAGAUUGUAAAGUGCUGUUGUAACCUCAUUACUUCAAACAACGGCCAAAUCCUCCUCGCACAUAACUCCGUACGGCAAUUCUUAGAAACACGGCUUCCUAGCGGCCGGUUCACUUGGGCAUCGUACAAGUUACACACUGCACAAUCAGAACUUGGCCUCCAUUACGCGGCAAAAAGAGGCUAUUCAGACAUAAUAUUGCUAUUGACCCAAAUGCAAGGCAACUUGAAAGCUCGAGAUAAUAGAGGGCGAACGGCUCUGCACUUUGCGGCAGAAAACGGACAUGGAAGAGCGGUACAAGCACUCAUCGACAAAGGGGCAGAUGCCGAUCAAAGGGACAAUAUGAGACGGACAGCGCUUUUUAUGGCAGCGCGAAACGGGCAUGAGACCAUUGUUCGUGUGCUAGUUGGACGAGGCGCUGAUGUCAAUAUGCAAGAUAAACAUAGAUGGACGCCGCUGUUCAUAGCUGCGGAUAACUUGCAGGACCGGACAGUCCGAGCGCUUAUUGAGCUUGGCGGGGACAUCAACAUGGAAGAUGGCGUCGGACGCAAAGUGCUUAACGUUGUAGCGAUGAAGCUGCCUGGGAACGUGGGCUCGAAGCCCAACACUAACCAGACAGUGUUUCUGGCCGUGCAACAAGGGCACGAGGCGGUUCUGCAGGUGCUGCUCGCAUGCGGCGUCGACAUCAACGGAAAGUAUAUUAAUGGAUGGACGCCUUUAAUACAGGCAGCUGCUGGUGGGAACGAGAUCGUGGCCAAGCUGCUGCUUGAGAAGGGUGCCGACCUUGAGGCUAAUGAUGAGAACGGGAGAACGCCACUACCGUGGGCCUAUAUGGGGGAACACCAGGCCAUUGUCAGGCUGCUGCAUACCUUCGUAGCAACGCCUUGA